AUGAACGAAAAUCUAUUCUCCUCUUUUAUUACCCCAACAAUAAUAGGCUUACCAAUCGUAAUCCUAAUCAUCAUAUUUCCAACCCUACUAUUUCCUAUCCCUACCCGACUAAUCAAUAACCGGCUAGUCUCAGCUCAACAAUGAUUGGCCCAAUUGAUUCUAAAACAAAUAAUAAUAAUGCACUCCCCCAAAGGACGAACCUGGGCUCUCAUACUGAUCUCCCUAAUUAUAUUUAUUGGCUCAACUAACCUACUAGGCCUCUUACCUCAUUCAUUUACACCAACAACCCAAUUAUCAAUAAACCUAGGGAUAGCUAUCCCAUUAUGAGCAGGGACUGUAAUUACAGGAUUCCGUUAUAAAACUAAGGCAUCACUAGCCCACUUUCUCCCACAAGGAACACCUGUACCCCUUAUUCCCAUGCUAGUAAUUAUUGAAACAAUUAGUCUAUUUAUUCAACCCAUAGCCUUAGCUGUACGACUUACAGCCAACAUUACAGCAGGUCACUUACUUAUACACCUCAUUGGAGGCGCAGCACUUGCCUUAAUCUCAAUUAGUCCAACAACAGCCCUAAUUACUUUUAUUAUUCUAAUUCUCCUAACAAUCCUAGAAUUUGCUGUGGCCCUAAUUCAAGCCUACGUUUUCACCCUUCUUGUAAGCCUAUAUCUACAUGAUAAUACUUAA